CUCAUCCCGGCCUCCCCCGAACCGGUCCUCCUCCCCUCCCUCUCCCCCACCCCCAGCCUCGCCGCCCCGGGGCUGCAGAGGACCGCUCCCGGACGGGAGUGGACGAGGCGGCGGAGGGAGGCUGGAACUUCCAGCUCCACGCCUGAGAGUGAGCGGGAGGGAGGCAGACACGGGCGAGGGGCGGAGGAGAGGAGACGGAGGCCAGAGACCGCGCGAGCGGGAGACCCUGCGGAUCCCGAGCGGAGGGCAGCGGAGGGCGGGGCGCGGGUCGCCGAGGCGAGCCGUCCGGGAGCCGCGGCGGCAGCAGCAGCAGCAGCUCAGCCGCCGCCUCCGCUGCGCGCCCGGAGCUCGGCCGGACGCGCCCCCGCGCCCCCGGCAGCUGCGCCCUUGCCGAGCCAGGCCCCCUCGCCCGGACUCAGUCUUCGCUCGGUGCCCGCCGCUUCCUUCUCGCGGUUCAGGGGUGGCUGAGGAGCAGCGAGCCUGGACGGGGUUCCGGGGUCCUGACGGCAGCCCCGGAGGCGACGGGGACGCGCUCCAGCGCGCCAGCGAGAGAGCAGCCGGCCGGCCGCCCCCUCCUUCUUCCCGGCGGAGGUGAAGCCGUGCCGCCCGCGUUCAGGUGCAGGGCUUCCGGACGGACACGGACCCCCUGCCCCCGCCCGCGGCCGCCUUGUCAUGCUGCCCAAAGUGGAGACGGAAGCCCUGGGACUGGCUCGGUCGCAUGGGGACCAGGGGCAGAUGCCGGAAAACAUGCAAGUGUCCCCGUUUAAAAUGGUGAAUUACUCCUAUGAUGAAGAUCUGGAAGAGCUCUGUCCCGUGUGCGGAGAUAAAGUGUCUGGGUACCAUUAUGGGCUCCUCACCUGUGAAAGCUGCAAGGGCUUUUUUAAGCGAACAGUCCAAAAUAAUAAAAGGUACACGUGUAUAGAAAACCAGAACUGCCAAAUUGACAAAACACAGAGAAAGCGUUGUCCUUACUGUCGAUUUCAAAAAUGUCUCAGUGUUGGAAUGAAGCUAGAAGCGGUAAGGGCAGACCGAAUGCGCGGAGGAAGGAAUAAGUUCGGGCCCAUGUACAAGAGGGACAGGGCCCUGAAACAGCAGAAAAAAGCCCUCAUCCGGGCCAACGGACUGAAGCUGGAAGCCAUGUCUCAGGUGAUCCAAGCCAUGCCCCCCGAGCUGAGCAUCUCCUCUGCGAUUCAGAACAUCCACUCUGCCUCCAAAGGCCUACCUCUGAACCACGCUGCCUUGCCUCCCACCGACUACGACCGGAGCCCCUUCGUGACCUCCCCCAUCAGCAUGACCAUGCCCCCUCACGGCAGCCUGCCCGGCUACCAGACCUACAGCCACUUUCCCGGCCGCGCCAUCAAGUCCGAGUACCCCGACCCCUACACCAGCUCCCCGGAGUCCAUCAUGGGCUACUCCUACGUGGAUAGUUACCAGACCAGCUCCCCGGCCAGCAUCCCCCACCUCAUCCUGGAACUGCUCAAGUGUGAGCCCGACGAGCCCCAGGUGCAGGCCAAGAUCAUGGCCUACUUGCAGCAGGAGCAGGCCAACCGCAGCAAGCACGAGCGGCUCAGCACGUUCGGGCUCAUGUGCAAGAUGGCAGACCAGACGCUCUUCUCCAUCGUGGAGUGGGCACGCAGCAGCGUCUUCUUCAGGGAGCUCAAGGUGGAUGACCAAAUGAAGCUGCUUCAGAACUGCUGGAGUGAGCUCUUAAUUCUCGACCACAUUUACCGACAAGUGGUUCACGGAAAGGAGGGCUCCAUCUUCCUGGUUACUGGGCAACAAGUAGACUAUUCCGUCAUAGCCUCACAGGCGGGGGCCACGCUCAACAACCUCAUGAGCCAUGCACAGGAAUUGGUGGCAAAGCUUCGUUCUCUACAGUUUGAUCAACGAGAGUUCGUGUGUCUGAAGUUCUUGGUGCUCUUUAGUUUAGAUGUCAAAAACCUGGAGAACUCCCAGCUGGUGGAAGGCGUCCAGGAGCAGGUCAACGCCGCCCUGCUGGACUAUACCGUGUGCAACUACCCGCAGCAGGCAGAGAAGUUCGGGCAGCUGCUGCUCCGCCUCCCGGAGAUCCGGGCCAUCAGCAUGCAGGCCGAGGAGUACCUGUACUACAAGCACCUGAACGGGGACGUCCCCUACAACAACCUGCUGAUCGAGAUGCUGCACGCAAAACGAGCGUAGUCCCAGCCGCCACGAGCUCGGCUUCGCAACAGAACAGAGAUCGGUGGGGUGGGGGAGGAGAAGAACAGGAAGAAAGGGGAAAAAAAAAUACUCUGAACGGCUCCAAGCAACAUGGAUUGAACACUUGGUUUAAAGAUACUGAAUUUAUUAAGGCAUAGUAGCCAGAUACUGAAUGGCCAAUAAAUGAUGUAUCAGGGUGUUUGUAUCGCAAACUGUGAAUCAAAUGCGUCCCAUCCCCAAAGCGUCCUGUGCAAAAGACACUGGAGCGGAGUGGACUGAACCCACAGACGGAUCCCAACCCCACGUCAGGCUGGGAACGGACAGAAGCUUUCUUGCAUAUUGAAACUGAUCUCCGCUGUGAAGAAAUCUAGGAACUGAUCUGUGUUCUUCGUUAGGCUUACGUGGCAGGGAAUUUGAGCUUACAGACUUCCUCCGUGGUAAAGCUGAACUGAAACCAUCCUCAAGAAUCCUUCAGCUGCACCGAUAACAGCCUUCUCCUCUUCCUUCCAAGGACCCGGCACCUUCUGUCCUGUGAUCCCGGAGUCUGUACCGAGGACCUGUGCUCAGCCACACCCCCCAGGAGCUCCGCCGAACCUUGAAAAGCCUAUUCUUGACUGUCUGUAUCUUAGACCUGCCAACAGCUAAUAAGAACAGUCCACUGAUACGUGAGCUUGCCAUUUUGACCAUGUUCUGGUUUGUUUUGUCAUGUGUUCAUAAUGUUUGGGGAAAAAAAAAAAAGCAGGCAGUGUCCCUCUUCUGAUCUUAUUACAAGCGCUCAUUAAUA